AUGUCUGAUGAUAUAAUCAAUUUUGUUUUGUAUUUUUUUAUUAUUCUUAUAUUUCAUAAUAAUUUCGUAUGUUCUACUUCUUCUCCUCCUGUAAUUCUUUAUCCAUCAUUUGAACGUAUUGUUGGUCAAUUAAUAUUUAAUUCAACAUUACCACAAUGUACAGAAUCAACAUGUAAAAAAACUUUUACACAAGCAAAUUUUUCUAAAGUAAAUUUAACUGAUGAAUAUUUAUUAAAAUUAUCAUCUUAUGAUAAAAUUUAUCAUAAAACAAAAGGUUAUCAACGACCCUAUCUUAUUGCUUCAACAGGUAUUUAUUCUGGUAAACGAAUAAAAUAUCGUAAUAAUCGAUAUAUUGAUCAAUUUCUUGGUAUUUAUUAUGCUGAAUUACCUCGAUCACUUGAAAAACCAGUUAAAAAAUAUUUUAAUUAUUCAAUACAAAAUGCAACAAAAUUUAGUCCAUAUUGUAUGCAAUCAUUAUUAAUGACAGAAAAUCUUUCAUAUGGAUCAUUUGUUAUGGAACAUAAUUUUCAUGAUAAUUGUCUUUCAUUAAAUAUCUAUCGAGCUGAUUUACGUUAUGGAGAAUCACAUAAAGCUAUUAUGGUAUUUCUUCAUGGUGGAUCAAAUCAAAUUGGUGGUGGAUCAUUAUUUGAUGGAAGUAUAUUAGCAAGUGAAGGUGAUAUUAUUGUUAUAACAAUGAAUUUUCGUUUGAAUUAUCAUGGAUUUUUAUCAAGUGGAGAUGAGCGAAUCAAAGGUAAUUAUGGUCUAUGGGAUCAAUUAUUAGCGGUUGAAUGGAUCUAUGAAAAUGCACAUUUAUUUGGUGGUGAUCCAAAACGUAUUACAUUAGCUGGUCAUUCAGCUGGUGCUGGAAAUGUUAUGUUAAUUCCAGCUAGUCGAUAUUGUCAUGGUAUGAUUAAACGUAUUAUAUCUCAAUCAGGUACUGGUUUAGCACCAUGGAGUAUAAAUCGUCAACCAAUGAAAUUAAUCGAACGUUUAUCAAAAGAAUUUAAAUGUCAACGAUCAAAUGAAACCGAAAUGUUUGAAUGUAUUCAUAAAUUAUUAGAAGAUAGUAAUGGAGAUUUUUAUCGUCUUCAUUUAAGUCUUAGUAUAGCUGAUGAUAAUCCAUAUCCUGUGAUUGAUAAUGAUUUUUUAAAUGAUACAAUUGAAAAUCUUAUACAAACUGAUGCAUAUCAAAAUAUUGAUUUUCUAACAGGUGUUACAUUAAAUGAAGGUUUAUAUUUUGCUGAAUAUCAUAUUGGAAAUUUUUAUAGUGAUAUGAGUAAUCAAUCAACAUCAAUUGGUAAACGUCCUUCUACAAGACAAAAACGUUUAAUUCAACGUAAUCCAGCAACUGUUAUACCUCCCGAUAUAAUUAUAACACGUGAUAAACAAAAUGAAGAAGAUGAUUAUGAGUUUGAUGAUGGUGAUGAAGCUGAUAUUGAAGAAUUAGGGUCUGAAGAAAGAACACAUGUUGAACAAUCAUUAAGUUAUGAUCCAAAAGUUGUUCUUGAACAAUUUUCAAAAUUAAAUUAUGUUGAACGUUAUAUAGAUGCUAAUUUUCAGUAUGGUAAAUGUCAUAUUGAUGAAAUUAAAAAAAGAUAUGAAUAUCCAGGACAAAAUAAUAUGACUAUACGAUUAAAACUUUAUAUUGAUCUUGUUUCUGAUUUAAUGUUUAAUUUUCAUAUGGUUCAUUGUUUAAAUUUACGUACACAACUAUUAAAUAAAACAUCAUCAAAUUAUGCAUAUAUUUAUUCUCAUCGACCAACAUUUAAAGCACGAAGUUUAUUUCGAGAUCAUUUAAAAUUAUUACCACAUGUUGUUGGACAUUUUGCUGAAUUAGAUUAUGUUUUCGGUGUUCCAUUGGCACGUGAUUAUCGUCGAAUUCAUCGAAAUGUUAAUAUGAGUUAUUAUAAUUAUUCGAAUGAUGAAGACAAUUUUAGUCGAGAAAUAAUUCGUUAUUGGACAAAUUUUAUAAAAACUGGAAAUCCAAAUAAAAAUUCAUCAUUAAUAAGAGAUACUAAAAUUCAAUGGAAAUCUUAUACAAAUAAUGAACAUAAUUAUAUGUUUUUUCAGUUAAAUAAUAUACAUAAUGAACAUAAUUAUUAUGAUUCAAUGUAUUAUUUUUGGCUUAAAUGUUUUCAAACAGAAUUAGAUGGUGGAUGUCAUAAUGGACAUUUCAUAACAAAAAUGAAAAAACAUUUAUUACCAUUUUUUAUUUUUUUAUCAUGUUUACUAAUAAUUAUAAUUAUUUGUUUUAUUUAUGCACAUUAUCAAAGAAAAAAACGACAACGAACAUCAGCAGAUUUACAACAAUAUCCAAAUUUUAUACCAACAUAA